UGAGAUUCUAAAUUUCCUGUUAACUUUUCUUAUUUCAUUUCAUCCUACAAAUUUUUGCUGUAAUUGUUUAAAAACACAAGGAGUACAGCAGAAAAUGUGUAGUAGGAAUGACCGAGAUCAGACACACAGAGACCGCAGACUUCUGUGAACAGAUCCGUGCAAAGAGUGUUUUGGUUUGGUGUUUGCGCUCGUGCGGAGAUGUGGAGCUGGACUGAUCUCUAGACAUCAUAAAUGUGAUAAGUUAGUAUUGUUUUAUUUUAGGAUUACUGAUUUCUCCUCACCAAAUCGCUCAACUGUAGUAGAAACAUGGAUGUGGUGAGUUUCCGUUUGCCUUCUCAUGGAGACACCGCCCUGAGUAACAUGAACUUCCUGCGGACACAGCAGCACUUCUGUGACGUCACCAUCGUGGCGGGAGGCAGGCGCAUGUUCAGGGGUCACAAGGUCGUGUUGGCUGCUUGCUCUGCGUUUCUCAGGGACCAGUUUCUCCUGAACCCCUCAGCAGAGCUACAGCAGGUGUCGAUGUUGCACAGCUCGGCGGUGGUGUUUGAGCUCCUCCAGUCCUGUUACACAGGGAUGCUGCAGUUCAGUGCCAAAGAGAUCGUGAACUACCUGACUGCAGCCAGCUACCUGCAGAUGGAGCAUGUGGUGGAGAAAUGCAGAGGAGCCCUGAGUCAGUACAUGCAGCCCCGGAGUCGCAGCCCCAUUACUGUGAAAUCAGAAGACCCUCAGUCAAUGCUAGUGAUUGUCAGUGGAAGUACCCAUUCAUUGGGAUCCAUUUCGUCCCCUUCUGAUACGGCGUCACUGCAUCCUCACAGUUCAGGAAAGGAGCUCCAGGCUGCUGAUGCAGAACUCUCCAACAUCUCUCACAAAGAUGACAGAGAUUUGACCAUGCACCAUGUUAAAGGAUCAGAUGCAUCUGGUCAUUUCGAGGGAGAGGACGGGUCUGAGAGUGAUGUCUUUCAGGUGCAGAUCAAUGAUGAACAUCAAGACCCAGAGAAGACCUCUGGUGCUGAGGAGGAAGACAGAGAAGCUGUUGUCAUGUUGGAUGAUCACGGUCAGAUGGAUGCAGGUAUAGAGGAGCACAAUAUGGAAGGGCGAGCCAAAGAGAACGGCAUCAGAGGGACGGGUCGCACGUGGAGACGACGGCACGGAGAGCAAAGGGGAGGCAGAGGAAGAGGCUUCAAACACAGGAAGCGCUACACUUUCAAAGAUCGCAAGCUCAUGGGUAACUAUCAGGAGGCUUGGCGGUUCCCAACCCCUGAUGAGAUAAUGGGCAAUUUUGGAGCAGACUUUGGGGCUGAUUACCUGUCCAAUCAGCAUCUUGCAGACGGUACCGUCAGCAUUGAGUACAGGCCUGGAGAGGGACACGGAGAAGAGAUUGGCUCUGAUGGAGGUCCUGCACACUUUGGUGUGGAAGCUUCCAGCGGGGAACAGGGAAUGGGAGUCGGGACACAUACAAAUGAGCAUGGAGCUGCUGACGAGUCUGUGGCGGUGGUGGGAUCCACGUCCUGCGUAGCUGGACCAGUGGUGUGUGAGCAGUGUGGAUUAGCGUUUUCCUCAACUCAGGAUUUAGCCAUGCAUUCCCUGUCAACACACCGGCUGUACGUGUGUCCUUGCUGCGGGAAGCACUUCAGCCACUCCAGUAACCUCAAUCGCCACAUGAUCGUCCACCGUGGAGUAUCCAAGCUCCACUGCUGCCCCCUGUGCCACAAGACCUUCACUCAGAAGUCAACACUGUGCGACCACAUGAACCUGCACAGUGGAGAGCGCCCACAUGUGUGCGCGUACUGCCACGUCAGCUUCGCCCACAAGCCUGCUCUACGCCGUCACCUGAAGGAGCAACACGGAAGAACCACGGCCCAGAAUUAUCUGGAAAUGCAGCGAAACAAUGAGAGUGGUGCUGGGGACGGGGUUUAGAUCACAUUUAAAUUGGGUUAAUGAUAUCAGAAUUAACACUAUUUACUUUCUUAAUACACAUUUCUAGGUUUAUUGUGCACAAUUUAUCAGUGCACAUUAGGUAAAAGUGUAUGUCUUUGUAAUCAGUAUGUAAUAACUGUAUUGUUGCUUCAAAAUGAUUCAGAAUUGUCAAUGUGCAGCCGAACACUGCCAAAGCAUUUGAGCCUGGAGAGAAUGAAUGGCUUCAUACUCUCACAGCAACAGUUCAUCCAAUAUUAAAUCUGUUUUAUAAUUUGUUCA